ACCUCGGUGUUAUUUGUAAAGAAUUCCUGACCCCUGACAAUGAUAAAAUGCGAAGCAGAACACUUUCACAGGAGGCAGGCAACCUUUCUGUCUGCGUCUGAUCGUUGUUGAGAUUAUAUCCAAGGCAUAUGAACAGCUAAGCAGAGUUCUUUGCUCUCACAGCAUAGGACAGAUGUAGAAAGCAAGGCUGUGAAUUUACUUAGUGCCCUCACCUCUCAUAAGAAGAAGUGAAGGCUGCAAAGGAAUUGUAUUCAGGAGAGGAAGAAGCUUCUACAUAUAGUUGAACAGCAUCUUGAAUUUCCUUUUUGCUAAGAUGUUUCUGCUAGCUAGGCAUACUCAUGUAUUGGUCAGUGAAGAUGAUAAAAUAGAAGGAUUACUUAGUGGGUACUGAAAAGACCCCCGAACGAUUAGACUUUUUUCCAUCCUUCUUUGCAAAGGUUAUCUCCUUUAGCCUGGACACCGUGAUCUUUCUCUUAAUAGAGAAACGGAACUAGUUGACUCAAGAUUCAGAAUACCUUCACUUUUCAGGAGCUGGUGGGGUUUGAUUGUUUUUCCUGAAUGUACUUUAUUUCUUUUAACAUGACUGAUAUGUUUUGAUGAUCCCAUCUUGGGCAAGGAAAGUAGAAACCACUUUGUACAAAAAUUCUGAGCUCUGUCUGGUUAUACUGAUGCAGUUUUUAUUCAGUGGUGUUUUUGGUAAGUCAUACUGCAUUAUUUGCUGGCUUCUCCUUUGACCUCUAGGUAAAAGACAGUUAAGCUAGAACACCAUUCAGGAGUAAGUUCCUUAAACUUAGUGCAGAGCAUUUAAAAAUAUUUGUGGGUGGCUUAAUCGAUAGUAUGCCAAUACGUUGAAAUAAACAAAAAAUUACCUUUUAGUAAUUAAGAGUUAGUUGAUUAUUUUUUUUUAGUUUCCCUUGUAGUUCAUUUCUAUGACAUGUCUUUGAAGAUAAUAGUAUACCAAUUUCAAUUAACUUCAUUAUAGAGAGUAGUUGUCCUGGGAUAGAGUCGACAUACUUGUUAUAUGAGUAUACGACUUGACUUGGAAUCACUAAUUGGCCCUUAGAGAACUGUGGUCAUCUUUAAUGGAUAAAGGCUUCUUCAGAGCUGUAUCUCUGUAUACGGCUUUAGUUGGAAGAUGAAUGCUCUACGGUAGCAUUCCCUGACUUCCUUCAACCCUGGGAAGUACCAGCUAAAUAGAAGAUGCCCCUGGAAGUUAAGUUUCAGAUUUUCUUUUUUUAACUUUUCAGAAUGUCAACUAAGUAAUAACUUUGUUUUGUUUUUGUUUUUGGUAUAUCAGCCACCCCAGGGCCGGCCAUGGAGUAGACAUUCACGAAGAAGACAGGUAGGAUGCCCGUGGUAGCUGGAAGGCUGAGAGAUCCUGACAUAAAUCCUUGCUUGUUGGAAUCUGAUGCUUCUACCAGAUGUAUGGAUGAAUAUAACUAUGACAGAGAAAGGUGUUCCACUCACUUCUUGAAGUACAAAAACUGCCGGAAGUUCUGGAAUUCUGUCAUGAUCCAGAGAAGACGGGAUGGAGUGAAGCCGUCUAUGCCUGCAGCAGCAGAGAGAGACAUAAUCUUGCAAGCAAUGGGCAAGAUGCCCUAUUGAGUGUUUGCAUUAAAGUGGUUUAUUUAACUCAGAA